CAGAAUCAAGGAUUCUGCGGAUUCGAAAGAAUAGACCUGGUCACCGUCUCCUCCACCAAGCAAUAGGUGCCUGAACUGCGUUGCAGGCUGUCUAUCCUUGAGGAGACCCUUGUGGCUCGAUCUCAUACCCCGGUGGGGCUGAUGACGAGCAGUCCUGAGAAUGGGACCUCUCCCUUAUCUAAAUACCUUCACUUUUGACCAGUGAAGAUUCGCCACCAUGUCUCACUCUACCGAUGGGCCAACUAUUUUCAGAAAGAGGAAACGCACAUGUGAGAGGUGUUCACGGAGCGGCCGCCAGAACGACUUUGACGAAGCAUCGCCUUGUCCGAAUUGCCACUCUCCCGCAAGCUGGCAGCAGCAUUAUCGUGACGACUUACUGGACCCAGCACUCCAUCUUGGCCAAGCUGAGACGCCACGAUCUGCAUCGGUAUCCCAUGGUUCACUGAGCAUCGGCCUCGAGCACCGAACCCAAUGGCAGCGUUCACCAGCAUCACAAAACCUUGGCCCAUCACCUCAACAUGAUUCCCCUGAUAGUAAUCGCAGCAUACCCUCACUCAGCCAGCAGAAUGGUCCCGAUAGAGUGAAUGGUGAAGCUGGAACCAUAUCAACAAUUUUGUCACGCUUUAUCAACGGAGGUCUUGAGAUACAAAACAAUCCGGGAGUUUCGCCAAAUGACAUCUUACUCCCGGUAGCUGCGUCUUUUUUUCGUUCAUAUUUCACUGUCAUCCAUCCUCAGUACCCAUUUCUGGAUAUCAAACUAUGCGCAGAGUACUAUACCGCUUGGAAAGGAUCUCUGCCAAAUGCCGUACCUAUUGGAUGGCCAGCCUUCUUCGUCAACAUGAUAUUUGCCAUUGGUUCACUCAUUGAAUCCAAAUCCGACAACUCCCCUGACGCAAAAUACCAAAACCUCAAGUCGAGAGCGCAAGCGGAGCAAUCAAUCAUGACAGAUUCUACCUCGACGCCGCUUAUUCGCUUACAAGCCAUGCUGUUGUCUGCAAUGUUUGCCCUACAUGCCGAAAGUACCUGGCGAAUCGCGCAUAUUAGUGGUGCUAUUAUGAAAUUCGCCACGUUGCAUCGAUUCCAUCGAUUAAAGAGAGAUCCUAGCUGUCCUACGAACUUAAUGUCGAUUCGGGUGUGGUCGUGCGCCUAUGUCCUUGACAGAGCUGUCAGUUCGGCCCUCGGUACCCCCGUCAGCCUACCUGAUAUGUACAUAUCAACUCCAUUAUAUGAGGCUGCUCCGGAAGCCCAAUGUUGUCUGCCCUGGCUCUCGGACUGUGCUACAGCCCAAGACGCAACAUAUUUUGAUCUAAGGACUUUUGCGCACGUGUGCAAAAUUAGAACCCUUCAGUCCUCUUUCAUGCACAUAGUGGAGAAAGACGAGCUGGAAGACAUGGUGCCCUUGGAAUUGGAAAUGCACAUGCUCAAAAGUUUGAGAGAAUGGGAAGACACAGAGACUAUUUCAAGACACAGUGUACGGAAUAGCCAUGGCUAUCGAAGUGCAGUUUGGCUUCAGCAUAUCGCCCAUCUUACCCAACUGUCUAUUUGCUUCGUCAACAAAUCGAACAUAUUCUCUUCUAUCGCGGACAAGGCUUUCCAAUCAAGCUGUGCAGUCUGUACGAGUUUCAGAUCGCUUCAAAAGAAGAAGCACAUUGCCCAGCCAUGGCUCGUUGUCAUAUCACAAUUCCGCGCUGCUGUGACUCUCUGGUACAUAGUCUGGGCGAGGGCCAUUCCUGUUCCGAAAGAAGCAAACGAUGCGUUUCGCGAUUGCAGCGCCGCUCUAGCAAUCUUCGCAGAUCGGUGGCCUAAGGCGGAACAUUACCGUGACUGUUUUGAGCUAUUGGCAGUAUCGAUUCCUCGAAGUCAACCUCUGGGGCACUUGGCAAAGGAUGCAAGAGAGGGUUUAAUAAUUCUGGUACGAAAACUGGAAGAGAGUGGUAUCCAUCGCAUUACAUUAAGAAUGUUGCAUGAGAUUUGUGAGGAUACUGAGAGUCCAAGGCGGGCAUAAUGUCACUUUUUAAUACAUGUUGUAGACAGGUCUCUGACGUUUCAUAAUAUGGUAUUACUUGGAGACGAAACUCAAGCCCCAUUUCCAUUUCUGAGGGCCGCUUGGUGAAAUACUCACGUAAUUCGGCACAUUAUGCAACAGCAGCACAGUUGUCUGCCAAGGAGUGUGGCUAAUUACCACCGCCAUCGGUUCAAAAAGGGAUAUGAACUUUUUAA